AUGUGGAAGAAUGAGAGAGAAGGUUGCUUGCUGUGCCAGGAGGAACCAGUGGCCACGCAGAGCCCUGGGGGAGGAAUGUUAGGUGGAGCUUUAUCGGAUUCUGAGGCCGAGAGCUCCUUGGCUGAGAAAAACAGAAACGGAAAAGAAGAGAAAGGAGAGGAAAGGGAAGAAGAAGAAGAAAAAGAGGAGAGGAGAGGGUUUUGCGCCGCGCGGACCUCGCCUAGCCGAUUCGACUUCGAAUCGCAACGCUCGGUAUUCAAGUGUGUCGGCUCGAGAAAUCGCUGUAGGUUAGUUUUUCAGCUUUUCAAGGUUCUUCACCGAGACGCUAGUAGGCGUGAGAGUUCCGGUGUCGGGGAGAACAUUUUGAUAGUUGAGACUUUUUGGUACGAGUUACACAUGGAUGUGGAGCUUACUGUACUUAGCUUUUUGGUGGAUUGUAGUUAACUCUGAUAUUGUAACCAAAUAAACUUUAUAUCAUGUAUAUAUGUGGUUGCAUAUAUUUUGAUAUCAUGUGAGUUUUG